CUCCCCGUCCGAGUAGCGAGUCAGAUUUCUUAUCUGCAAUUAGUCUUUGGAUCACGUGUGCUGCUAGCCACGGUCUAAACACCUCACCGCACAGUCAUCUGGUGCGAAGUUGUGUUGGCUAUCCUGUGACUGAGCAGUGCCGCUAGUGUCACCAAGCGGCGGGAUGCGGAACUAAAGGACUUCGCCCGACCACGCCAGUCGCUGUCUGCCAUGUUGGGGUGUGCUAGUUGCUGAGUUUCCGGAUGUUUGGUGUAGCUUGUAAUAACAGUCACGUGCAGCCGUGGUGACUCUUGACGAUGGCCACAUCGGAUAUCGUUUCGACGCCGGGACCUCGCUCCACAAGUGAUCAGUGAUUUUUAGUUCUCUGCGUGUGCCGUGCAAGUGCGAGGCGAAGAAGAAAUCGCUUGUGCUGUUUGUGUGUCCCGGUUUGUUGUGGUACGUCGUCCUUUGUCUAGUCCGGUGUAAGAAGCCUUCGCGCGGCACCACUGCGUCGCACCUAAUAACAGCAAAAAGUGUGUUUUAACACAACGCCUGGAUGCUAGAGCAAAGUUUCAUGCUGGAUCUUACCCUACGUAUCUUCGGCCACCUCCACAUACAGCACUACUGCGGUCCACCUCGUGUGCCUCUACGCCGAGCCGUGUUGUUAUUUUGCUUGCCGUGCUUUUGACCCUAGUGGGCGAGUCCAUUACGGUUGUGACGGGGGUGGGCACGUUAUCAGGUGGAAUGCGGAAAGAUCUUCUCAGGUUGCGAUUAAGAUUUAGAGCAUAGGAAAAUCAAUUUUUACCCUCUGAAGAUAAAUAAAUUUCAUGCCCCGAUCGAAUAUUAGACGUGUUUUUUGUGUGUGUGUGGUUUUUAUAUUGCUACUCUCUAGCGUCAGAGAUAUAUACAUAACGGAACUUGCUGUGUAAAGAGAGUUCUGAGAAAUAUUGGAAGAUACUGUUUUGUUUUGAGUGCAGUUUUUAUACUCCGUGAAAACCUGGUUGAGGUUAUGUUGUAACAGUGUGUAAUGAAUGGUAUUGUGCGUUAUUAUGACCCACCCGGGCAACAUAGAUGGAAAUAACCUUUGAGAAGGGGUUCUGACCGUCCGGAAUUUUGAUGUACAGCGUUAUUCGUCAUAAAUGUGUAGUACACCAUUUCUGAUGAGGAUUCAGGCAAACUGAUACGGGGUGCGUUGUGGUGUUGGUGUUAUCGGUAGCUGCUGUGUUGUUUUUCCGUGUUGACUGCGUGACUGGUGCCGUCAAUUCUGGAGCCCUCGCAGCAACUAGAGACGGCGACGGCUCCCCAUGGUUCCUCAAUGGUGCUCGUGAGUGCGGCCUCACCAGUGUCGGCCGCUAUGGACAGCUCGGUGGUGGUGCAAGCUAAGCGCCCCGACUCCUGGGAGACGCAGCAGAUGCUCAUGUUGGUGCAUAAGAAUAAGUCUAAAGCGGCGGGGUCGUCGUCAGGCGGCGACCCGGCGGCCGUGGGGAGCGCGGGCGGCGGCGGCGCGGGCGGCGGCCGGCGCGGCGUGGGCGGCGGCGGCGCGACGAGGGACCCUGGGGGCGGCGGCGGGGGCGGCAGCGGCGGCCCGCUGUACGGCCGCCUCGUGGCCGAGGACUCGCUCGCCGCCGCCGACAUCCAGGCCAUGCAGGCCUGCAUCCCGCGCUACUUCCGCGACCCCGCGCACGCGCCGCUGCGCAAGCUCUCCGUCGACCUCAUCAAGACCUACAAGCACAUCAACGAGGUGUACUACGCGAAGAAGAAACGACGGGCGCAGCAGACGCAGGGCGAUGACUCUUCGCACAAGAAAGAGCGCAAGCUGUACAACGACGGCUAUGACGAUGACAACCACGAUUACAUCAUCAAGAAUGGCGAGAAGUUCCUCGACCGCUAUGAGAUUGACUCUCUCAUUGGCAAGGGCUCGUUCGGACAGGUUGUCAAAGCGUAUGACCACGAGGAGCAGUGUCAAGUCGCCAUUAAAAUUAUUAAAAAUAAGAAGCCUUUCCUCAAUCAGGCACAGAUAGAGGUAAAGCUGCUGGAAAUGAUGAACAAAGCAGAUGCAGACAACAAGUAUUAUAUAGUGAAACUGAAGAGGCACUUCAUGUGGCGCAACCACCUGUGCCUGGUGUUCGAGCUGCUGUCGUACAACCUAUACGACUUGCUACGGAACACAAACUUCCGUGGUGUGUCACUCAACCUGACGCGCAAGUUCGCGCAGCAGCUGUGCACGGCACUGCUCUUCCUGUCAACUCCGGAGCUCAACAUCAUCCACUGUGACCUCAAGCCGGAGAACAUCCUUCUGUGCAACCCCAAGAGGUCCGCCAUCAAGAUCGUGGACUUCGGCAGCUCGUGCCAGUUGGGCCAGAGGAUAUACCAGUACAUCCAGUCUCGGUUCUACCGGUCGCCGGAGGUGCUCCUAGGAAUCCCAUAUGACCUCGCCAUUGACAUGUGGAGCCUCGGUUGCAUUUUGGUCGAGAUGCACACUGGCGAGCCACUCUUCAGUGGAGCCAACGAGGUGGAUCAAAUGAACAAAAUCGUCGAAGUCCUGGGAAUGCCACCAAAACACCUCCUCGACCAGGCGCACAAAGCGCGCAAGUAUUUUGACAAACUGCCGGGCGACGGCAGCUACGUGCUGCGUAGGCCGAAGGACGGCCGCAAGUACCGGCCGCCAGGUUCGCGCCGGCUACACGACGUGCUCGGCGUGGAGAACGGCGGGCCCGGGGGUCGGAGGCUCGGCGAGCCGGGCCACUCUGUCAGUGACUACCUCAAGUUCAAGGAUCUCAUCCUCCGUAUGCUGGACUUCGACCCGAAGACGAGAGUGACGCCCUACUACGCCCUGCAGCACAACUUCUUCAAGAGGACAGCUGACGAGGGCACCAACACGGGCGGCAGCGGGUCGGCGCCCAACACCACAGGCGCGAGCAGCUCAGCGGUGUUCGUGCCGCCCCUAGCGGGGCCCCCCGAUCCCCACAGGCCCGCCCCGAGUCCUGGCAGCGGAGGCGGUCCGCAGCAAGGUGUCCGGGCGCGGUCAGAUCCGGUGGCGUGUACAGGAGUGGGCGCACCGCCGGGACACCCUCACGUAGUCGCAGCGUGCCCUCCCACGCUGCAGCCGCCCCCGGCGCCCCUCCACCAGCAGCAGCAGCAACAGCAGCAAGUGCUGCCGAUGGAGUGCGACGGUCCUCCGAUCUCGGGACCCCCCGCGGCGUCGGCGCUGCGCCACUACCAUCCCCGCCACCGUCGAGGCCCGCCGCCGCCUCCUUAUGCGCCCGGCGAGCCGCUGCAAGUCGUGCAGCAGCCACAGCCACAGCAGCAGCAGGUGGCGGUGGCCUACCACCACCGGGGUGGCGGGUACGGCGCAGGCGUCGCGGCACCGGUGUCGGCGUACCACCGCGGGUUCGUCCCGGCGGCUCUGCCUCCUCCACCCGUCGCGCCCGUCCCGGGACCCGCCGCAGACGAUGCGCCGGACCGGGACGACAGCCCAAUGGUUGGCGUGUGCGUCCGGCAGAGCCCGGUCGCCAGCCAUUAACGGCUACUGCUUCUUAGUGCUCGGCCGCCUGCCGCUGCGGCGUAUAUAUUUUUUUUACCGUAGGAAAGAAAAACGGAACUGUAGUUUCCGGAGGACGCGUGCGCCCCGACUGUGGCGUGGGGGAAGGGGAGGGUGGACGAGUCGCUGUGGACUGUGCUCUCCGCCACUCUGUGACUGCAAAAUCGCCUCCCCCUUUUAUUUCCCCGACUUUUGUCCUUUAGGGAAGAAAUUUGCAGCACUGUGGUGACCCCGUCUCAUUUUCCUGGCCCACGUCUCGCGUCUGUCUCCCCUUCCGCAUCCUCGCCCUCAAAAGUCUGCGGACGUGCUUUCCUCGGUGUCGUCCUUCCUCGGUGUCCCCCCUCCCUCCACCUCUCCUCUCCUCCUCCGACCGCUUAGCCUCGUCUCGGAAGUGGCUGACCGGCACCCCGUGGGUCGUGGGUGUCACUUCCUCGGGUUUUAUUUCUCCCGCUUUGCUUCCCGUCUCGGAGGGACGGCUGUGGCUCUUCACUUUUACUCGUUCCAUCCCAGAUCGACACCCGCACACUGUGCACUCACGAAUGGCCCGUUUCUGUGCUUGUGGUAAAAAUAUUGCAGGAGACUUGUAGGAGGAUGUGUAGAAGAGGAAAAUAUUAAUACAGCUUAUAAAAUGCCUCAUUACCUUCAGUGUAGGAAUAAUAAGUCAGGAAAAUGUCAAAGAAAGAAACUGUUACCCUUAUGUACUUGACAAAGGCUUUUAUAAACAAAUCAAACUACACACGCUUUAAUUUAUUCCUCAUUUUAAGUGAAGUAUAUUUAAACUUGCUCAGAAGCUUGAAGAAUAUAAUAGGUGUGUUCUCUUGUGUCUGUAGCUUGUGAAACUGGGAAGUGCAUUUGUGAUUUUUUUUUUUAGUGCCGCUGUACAGUUUAUUAACAGUUUUGUUAUUUAUACUUUGCUGUUGUACUGUUUAUGUCCUAUGCUCUACCUGCCCAUUUCCCAUUUUCGUCUCCAGUCUGCUUCUGGAAAACUCAGUUAAAAGCACAACAGGCAACUACAUUUACGAGGUCCUCACCGACGAAUUGUUGAGGUAGUCGAUUUCCCAAUUUAGUGCUUUUGUUAAGUAAUGUACACAUUUUUUGGAUAAUUGCCACUGUCAACAAAGCGACUGAAUCUCCUUGUCUGAACAGAAAUGAAAUCGCAUGUAUGGAACAUUUCUCGACAAGGAACGAACGCGUUUGGAUGUGAUUGAAUGCUGGACUCUGUUCACUGUACCUCAAAGCUGUCGCGACAUUUUUAACGUCAUGUCGUCUUCCAAAUCACUGUUUCCACACCCUGCAGAUCCAGAUCCAGGUUUCUUGUUUAUGUGUACUUAAGAAAAUUUACAGGCUCAGUGCUUUUGAAUUUUGACAUUUGUUUUUAGAGUGCCAUGAUAUGCAUUUGCAUGUUGGAAAUAAAGACAGAUUUAGGAGUUACUUUCAGUAUUACCUGUUUCACAGUACAGUUAUGUUUCAAUAUUCCUAAGCUUUUUUGUGACUACCUAUCCAAUAAAUGUAUUUUACUCGGCCGGCGUCAUACUGUUGGCAGUUGUUAAAAGGACAUGUAUUUCGAGUCAUCUGUCUCUGUUGUUGUGUACUGUGUUCAUAGUGAUGAAAAGUUUGCUGAAGCACAGCAGACAUGCUAAGAAAGAAAAAUUGUCCAGAACAAUUAAUUAAGCAAGCAAUUGUGGGCAACAAAAUUAUUAAUGUGAGCAGACUGACCACUAUUGUAUGUGAAAUAGUGAACUACUAUACAUCAGGAAACUGCAAGACAUAAGAAAUUGUGUUUCUCUAACAGAUAUUUUCUUGUCAUCUUUGGUUACCUUUGUAAUCUGUUGUAAAUGAACAUACAAUAUUGCCAAUGGAUACAAAGCUUUCACGUUCAAAAUAGGAAAAAAGAAAUCCCAACUCAGUCCUAGCUGUUUCAGUUAGAAGUGCACUGGUAGGCUGCAAACACAUUUGGAAUAUACUGUUAUGUUCUUAUCCUUGUUCAAAGUAAUAAAGUCAGAUGUUUUCUGAUAUUGUCAUAACAAUAUUUUCAAUAGCUGCAAAAGAUGCCUCUAUACUCCUACUGGCAGGAACUAGUAAGUUUAUGAAAUGUUUAUGCUCGGAGGAGGUCCUUUCUCUAACUCCCUCUUACCAGAGGCAGAAAUUGCAAAUGACCAGUGGGAUUGAUUCACCAGUGUAAACUAUCCUUUAUACAUGAAAUAGGAUCAAUUUUGACUAUACCUAGUACUUGUGUAAGAUUUAUAAACAUUGUAUUCUGAUCAGACCUUUAUGGAUCAUUAGAGUAACAGUAAAUUCAGUGAAUAAUCUGUAAUAUGGCUUCACAUUCUCUACAAGUUUAAAAUUAGAAAGCUGUUGUAAUGGUACCAGUUAUGCAAAGCUAAACUUCGUUCGUGCUGGAUAGGUGUGUGAGGCUGUAAGGAGUACUCUCCAUGAGCUAGUAAAAACCUUCAGAAUGGUAGCAUCUAAGUUGGUAGCUUCACACUUUUACCAGUAUAGGCGAACAGAAUACAAAUGGCAGCAUGGUGUUCCCUUCAUUCCACAAAAUGACCAAUGAUAGGCAGAUUUUAUGGUAGAUGGUCAAGUGUGUCUUUCUUAACAAUUUAGAAUUUCCUAUGUACAGCUGAUACAGAAAAUCAGAAGUGGUAUAUGUAUGUAAUUACAGGCAUAUCAGCUGUGAGAGCUGCUAGUGAUUGUGUUUCAGAGCUGUGCAGAACAUCUGCACAAUUGUCUGUGCCACAUUGCUAGAUUAGUUUGCAAUAUGAUCACUGUAGUAUCUGAAUUUUUGUUACUAAAAAGAAAAAAAUGCUUUUGUAAACUAUUCAUCACUUUGACCAUGGUACUGCCAUACUGCUUUUUGGAAAACCUCCAAAAGUAACUCAGAGUUAUCUGCUGUGUGUAUGCAGAGGGCAAAUGAUAAAUGAGCAGUUGUCCCUGUAGUUUGAAGAAGCACAGUUUGAUAGAUGUUGGCUAAUUUGUUAUGUAGCUUGUUGUAUAUGAUGCUGUCAGUUUUCUUUCUAAUGCUAGCCAAUAUUGUAAUAAUUAUUUUCUUGUGACAUUAUUGUAAUACAUACUGCUCUGUGCACAGCAGAGAAGUAACAGUAUAUGAAUGCUCUGCACAAGUUAUAAGCCACAUGAUAUAUUGUCUUACAUUUUGUGUUGAAGUGUUUGAUCUCUUCCCAUAGCAAAUUGUUAUUAAAUAAUAUCUACUUUGUUCCGCCUCUGAAGAGGGUAUAAAUGCUAAAAUUGAGAAGACAGGUUUUAAUUUCUAUUAUAUUUAGUUAACAGUACCACACUUUUAGUGUUUUUUAGACUUAAUUUGGAGAUAAACUUGACAUAUUGACCAGGAAAUGUAUAUACUUCCUAGCGGUGUGCUUUACUUCCCAUCAUAUUUUCAAACAGUAUCUGGAUCACCUUUAGAUAAGGUAUCAUUACAUAUCUGUAGAGGAAAAAAUUGUUAAAUGCUCAGUUUGAACUUUUGGUGUUCCAAGGGUAGAUGAUACUUCCCAAAGUUCUAGGGAAUAUUGGCAGUAACAUCUUUCUUAUUAGCUCAAGUGCUGUUCCAUAGUUUGAAUACUUAGACACGUAAACAGUUUUAAUUUAUGCUUCCAAAUAAGACUGAAAAUGAAUUUACUCUCUGUUUCUGUUACUGAUCCAAUGUCAAAACAAUGGAGGAAAGAUAUAUUUCAGUCCUUGCAUUGUUGUAGAAGUUAAAACAUCUGCAGAUAGGUCAGUGAGAAUGCAUCAUUGUAUUGUAGUGGAAGCUUAAUUUUUAUUAGAAUACUUAUGAGAAACAUUAGAAUUUAAAUAAUGGAAAGAGAAGAGGUAACAACUCACUGUAUAGUAGAGGCAUCACUUAAUGACAGGACGUAAACCAAACUGAGGACGCUCCUAGCUUUCGGUUGAAUCCUCCUUCAGAGCUAACAAAUACAAAUACACAUAGACUUACACUGCUACAUUCUCACAGCUGACUGCAUUCUGUUGAGUGCUGAUACAAUGUAGGAGUAUUGAGCUGCCGUGCUAGCAAGAUGUUGCCAUCUGGAACUGUGUAAUCGUGGAGAGUUAUGUGUGUAUUCUGUUAGUUUUGAAGAAGGAUUCAUGAAAAAUGCCUGCAGUAUUCUCUGUCCCUCUCGUGUGCUUGUUGAUGACUCAACAUACCAACUGUAAGAUGCAUAGCUGCCUUUACCAUUUCACUAUUUAUAUUCUGCAGAGGACUUUCCAUCAUCAUAAAUGUAACUCUCUUGUUCACACACUUAACAUCACCCUAACGAUGAACUCAUUUCGAUAUUUGUUGCCAAUUUUUCAAAUGAUAUUGUGACACAGUGGAUCUUUGAUUCUACAAAACAGAGAGAACUGCUACAUAUUAAUUUUAUAUCAGUAAAUAUCUUAUUGUCAUUACAGUUGAGAUAUUUAGAAUGAAGGAAGCCAUCUCUUACUGGUAUUUGACAGUGCGAGCAAUUGUAUGAUGUAGAUCUGAGCACUGGCCCACUAAAAUAUUGAGCUGAUGACAAUUUUAUCCUGCUGUCCAGUGACCAAAAUGUCUACCAGCACAUUUUGUGGGAGUAGCAGUCAGCUGUUAGUGGUUAUCAGUUUUUGUAUUGUGAAGUUUUGUAGCUUCAGAUGUUUCUAGUGUGAUCUCCCCUGAAAAAAACUGCUUGUGAAUGUACAUUGUGUGAGUUAAGCAGCUUCUUAGUAACUGUGGAUGUGGGUUAUCCCAAAUAUACUGUUGUUGAGCUUUAUUGCACCAUUUAAGCUCCGGUGUAGCUGUGAGUAAGGUGAGCCAGUAUCGUGAGAGCCCUAAUGUGCAACUGCCAGCAAUCGCUAACCUCUCCGCAGGGAAUGUGUGUCUGUCUUUGUGAGUACAACAUUUGACUUUUGACCUCUCUGUAAUCACUCUAAGCCCCCCACAAAUAACUAAACUUUUCUCCCUGUACGUUUUCCUAGAUUGCGUACAUUCUUGUGACAUAUGUGUCAUAGUGCUCUCUAUAGUGUGAGCUGUUAAGUCUGUUAUUUCCAUUCUGUUUUCUCAUUGCAAGUAGUAUUUGUAUGUAUGUUGUAUUGUAUGUUAACCGGGGACCUAACAACGACGGAAAACUCGUUCCCCAUCGCAGCCGCAGUGGUCCCCACCCUUACGACGACUACCGCAGUCCACUUCAUCCCUCUGCUGCCCCACUCCGAACCCAGGGUUAUUGUGCGGUUCGGCCCCCAGUGGACCCCACAGGGAACGUCUCACACCAGACGAAUGUAACCCCUAUGUUAGCGUGGUAGAGUAAUGGUGGUGUAUGCGUACGUAGAGAACUUGUUUGCACA